AUGAAGAUCACAUUCAAGGAUCUCAAGCAGAACAAGUUCGUCAUCGAGGCCGAGCCGUCGGAAACGAUUGGCGAACUCAAAGCCAAAAUCCAGAGCGAUAAAGGCUGGGAAGUGCCUCAGCAGAAGCUAAUCUACUCCGGCAAGAUCCUCCAGGAUGCGAACACAAUUGAAUCGUACAACAUCGAGGAGAAGGGGUUCAUUGUGUGCAUGGUCUCCAAGCCCAAGGCCCCAGCCGCCUCCGCCAGCAAAGCUGCUCCCUCCACACCCGCGAAGCCAGCUGCUCCAGCCCAGACACCCGCUGCACCUGCAGCUCCUGCCGUGCCCUCAGCAUCCUCGACCGCCCAAAAUGUACCCGCCACACCCUCGCCCGUGCCUGCGCAACAGUCCGAGCGUUUCAACGACCCCUCAGCCCUUACCAUGGGUGGGGAGCGCGAGGCAGCCAUUGCAAACAUGGAGAGCAUGGGUUUCCCACGCACGGAUAUUGAUCGCGCCAUGCGCGCCGCCUUCUUCAACCCCGACCGUGCGGUCGAGUAUCUUCUGACAGGUAUUCCAGAGAGUGCUCUUCAGGAACAGGCACAGUCACAGGCUCGCGCACCGACCUCGCCACCACCCGCUACUGGCGGUAACACAGGUGCAACCCCCGCCGCUUCCGGAGGAGACGAGCCGAUAAAUCUGUUCGAGGCCGCUGCGCAGGCUGGGCAAGGUCGCGGGGGUACUGGUGGUGCACGCUCUGGAGGCGCUGGUGCUGAUACGCUCAACGCCAACAGCCUUGACUUCCUGCGUAACAACCCACAGUUCCAGCAGUUGCGACAGGUCGUACAACAACAGCCCCAGAUGCUUGAGCCUAUCUUGCAGCAGGUCGGCCAGGGUAACCCCCAGCUGGCGCAGAUGAUCGCAUCUAACCCGGAACAGUUCCUGCAGCUGCUUGCCGAGGACGCUGACGAUGAUGCGCCGUUGCCCCCGGGCGCGCAGUCCAUUUCCGUCACAGAAGAGGAGCGUGAGGCUAUCGAGCGCUUGUGUCGCCUUGGCUUCGAGCGUGACCUCGUGAUCCAGGCUUACUUCGCGUGUGACAAGAACGAGGAACUGGCCGCCAACUUCCUCUUUGAUCAGCCCGAGGAUUUGGACGACCAGUAG